UUCACGAUGACUUGUUUAAUGAUAGCAAACAUGAGUAAUUUGUACUAAUUUGUAAUAAUGUGUUAAUGAACUCACUAGUGCUUAAACCAAAUACUAAAGUAACUUUUAAUAAUGGCUACAAAAGAAAGUAAAAGUAAUUCAAACAGAUAUUGUUUUGGUGUCAAGCCUGCACACUACAUUUACGAAGACGAUUUGUGCUACGUUUUCGACGAACAAUACAAUCCACAAGCGCUGGUUCACUACGUGGUUGCACCGAAGAAGAAUAUCCCGAGACUGUGCAACGCUUCAGAUGAGGACGAGAAAAUUCUUGGUCACCUCCUGAUCGUAGCUAAAGACACGGCAGCACUCAGAGGCCUCAAGGCCGGUUACCACGUGGUGGUGGACGAGGAUUGCCGAGCGGGGGCUUCGGGGAGGCUUCGGGCGCUCCAUGUGUUCGGGCGGGCGCUGCACCACAUGCUAUGGCCGACCGGGCCGGGAGCCCGGCUUUGACACACACACGCUCGCACAUAUACAUACACAUUUAAAUACAUAGCUGUAUGUAAUAACCUCGUAAAACUCAGACCAAUUUUAAAUUUGGAAUUUUUCGGCUUUGAUACACACAACAUUCACACGCGCACUCGCAUAUACAGACAUUUGAUACAUAAUAUACAUAUAUUCUGUCAAACAAGUCUGUCAGUAAAUAAGAACAAAGAAAACUAUAUGCAUCCUUUUCUUUAGGGUGCUAGAGAAAAGGAUAGGUACCUAUAGUUUUCUUUGCUCUUAUUUACUGACGGACUUGUUUGACAGGGUUUAACAGUGUCUAUACUCUGCCGCAGGUCCCGUGAUCGGUCGUGAUUUUCGUUCAAUAAUAACUCCACUACUAGCGAUUUAAAUUCUACUAACAGAAACGAAAACGAGUGGUCUUACCACUAGAUUUAAAAUUACUAGCCGUCCUUUUCGAAAAAUAGCAUUUCGUCAUUUUAUCAACAGUAUCAACAGAUUAGUUCCGUGAAUCCUUCCGUCACCAGCACACCGCACCCUCGUCGAGCUCUGGCAGCCUUACUCACCGGCAGGAAUACAACACUAUGAGUAGGGUCUAGUGCUAUUUGGCUGCGGUCUUCUGUAUUUUAAUACAUAGCUGUGUAGCCUCGUAAGACCCUGAUAUUUUUUUCCUUAUAAACGUUCGUUUUUGAGUCAGAGGUACAGGUAUACGUGUGCCAAAUUUCAAGUUAAUCGGUUCAGUAGUUUUGGAGAAAAUUGGCUGUGACAGACGGACAGACAGACGCACGAGUGAUCCUAUAAGGGUUCCGUUUUUCCUUUUUGAGGUACGGAAUCCUAAUAAAACAACAUAAUUAUAACAAACUGAAUUAUAUUAAAUUACAAUUACAUAACAUACACUAAGGAAUAUGCAGAUCACAGUCUUACACAUAUUAUAAUAAAAUUAUAGCUCUACUCAAAAACUGCCCUUUUUCAAGUGAAAUAUUACUAUAUAUGGGCGUUUUUUAAGUUUAGCUAUAUCUCGAACUCGAAGGUAACGGUAUAAGUUCCGCACUUAAGAAACCUUUUCCAUGAGAACUACACAAUACAUGAAAUUGCAUAUUAGUCACCAUCAAAUAUAUCUGAGUAGCGCUGAGGGGCGCGCCAAAAAAAAAAAAUCUCAACACGCCUUAGUGCGUUUUCGCAUUAUCUAUCCGAUGGACCGAUAUCCUAUCCACCGUGUUUUUUUAUUUCCGUUAACUUCGCCAUAUAGUUAAGUCCAUUAUAAGAAACAGAAUGGCAUAGUUAGUUUUCUAAUUCGUUUUUUUUUGUAAAAAAAACUAUACACCUGUGAUAGAUGGUAUAUCACAGCAAUUCCCGUCAACUUUGUACAAUGCCACGUCAGCA